AUGGCGCCGCCAAACGAGCUCCAGGAACUUUUCAAUCGCCUCAAGGCCUCCUCCGCCGAAUCACAACCUCAACCUCAAUCGUCGAUAUGGGCGCAAUCCGAACAGCCGGCCUAUCGACAACCCUCCGUCUCCUCCCCAAUCUUCUCCCCUCCCAUUCAUACACCAAACCCCAUUCACUCAUCCAACGUCAUGAGUCCAGUGAACCCAGCUUCCAACACUGGCACUCCCGCUCCCGACCAGACUCGCACCAACAACUUGCUGAAUCUGCUCAAAUUCAAUAAUCAAGGAAGCCAAUCUGGCCCAAUGGCGAAUCUCCAGAACGUUGGAGGUCUGCGGAGCUCCUCCACUGGCUUGGGGGCCAGUGAAGGUGCGGCUCACGCCCGGCCAGUGUCUGCGCAAGAUAUGAUGGCAUCGUUUCAACGGAAGAGCUCGUCGCAGAACGUACUACCUUCAACCACGACAAGCGGUGGUGCAGAGAAGGUGGAGACUACUACAACACAACCGGGAAGCUCCAAGGACUUCUUGCUCAAUCUGCUUACCAAGCCCAAGGAGGCAAAGCCUACGCUCUUUGCGGGUCAAGAGGUUGUGGAUCACAAAGCGUUAGAACAGGCCAAGGCAGUGCCGUCGGUGGAACAACUUACAACCGGCCUCGCAGCCAUCAACGUUCAAUCCCCAGUCCAGACUCGCGUCUCCCGUGAGCCUACCCCGGUGCGCCAAUUUGGUACCGCGGAGUCCACCCCGACGCCAUUCGAAGCGCCUCAACCGAGUAAGGCGUCCAAGUUCAGCUAUGUCAACCCCUUUGAUCAGUUGCAUGCCUCUUCACCACUCAACGCCUCACCACGCCCGGCAUCCACCAAGGUCGAAUCCAACAAGAUCGAGAUUCUGAAGCACGACCGCGAUCCAUCAUCCACGUCCAAUGAUGGCUUCGAUGCCUCUUCUGCGCCUCCAGCGGCAAAAAGAGGCAAGGUAGCGUCUGAGCAGGGCUCGCUCGCAACGGCAGAGCUUGAAAAGGCGCAAAGUGUCUCGGAGGCGCUGAAGGGUGUUGGUGAGCGUGUCGAUAAACAAGUCGAGCAAGCACUCGCGCAAGCAAGCGCGCAAGAGAAGGCAGCACCCGCAGUCCAUGUGGAAUCCGCCAAGACUGGCGACAACGCUGCAGAUGAUGAGGUUGCUAUCAAGCAGGAGCCUGCCGACGAUGACGCCGGUAUAUCCAGCUGGGAGAGCGCGGAAGAUGACGCCGCAGAAGCGACGCAGGAAUCCGCCGUGGAGGUGUACAACUUCCCAAUGAGACCGUUCGUCGCCAUUCACGUCAAGGAGGUUGAUGAGCUACGCCCGAUCCCUCAGGACCACUUCAUGUCUAUUGCAAAGUUGCACAAAGGUUUCGAUCAGAUCGACCGCUGUCUCGUCACCGCCAGCCAGUCACAUAUUAUCUACGCCCAGUCCGCGACCAAGAAAGAUAACGGCGGCUUCCGAAUCAUUCGUCAGGACACCGGAGACCAUAAGCAAGUCUUCCGUUCCAGCGGCGAGCGCAUCUCCAAUGUACAGAUCUGCAGCAGUGCGACGCCUGGAGACGACAUCGAAGCAGUCCUCGGGACCGGUGUCGAUGGAUCCGUCUUCUGGACAACUCUCGCCAAAUCACGGGGCGAGUUGUUCGCCGAUGACGAUGUCGAGAUCCAAGGCCUGAUGAUGCCGCCAGUGUCCACGCCGGAGGAGCAGGCAUCGGGGUCGCAGAUUAAGACUCGCGCCAAGAUGAGCUCCCGGCAUCCGGAGUACUUUGCCAUUUCGAGGGGCAAGCACAUCUACCUUGUCGCGCCUGAGAUCGCCAAAGCCCGAGCGUAUCUCGACCCUCAGACUCGCCGUGUCAACAGCGAGAAAUACUUUGCCGAGCAUGGGCUGAAGAUCACCACUGGCAAGGCCUGCAAAGACUUUUGCUUCUCGGAAGACGAUACAAUGAUCAUCAGUCUCAACAAAUCCGGCAGUCUGGAGUUCUGGGACAUCAGGGAGCUGACCACCCGCGCCAGCGACUUCUCCCAAGGCCCGCACGAUCCUCUCGAGCUGACCGAACCCACCUGGACUUUGCACGCUGCAGCGUCGGGGAGCAAGCCGGAAGAGAAGGCGUCCGUCUCGUCGGUAACACUCAUCGACAAGGAAAGGCCGACGUCUCGAGCCAUCGCUCUCCGCUACGUGCUCAUCGGCUUCAAGCAGAACCACAUCUUGCAGCUUUGGGACCUGGCGCUGGGCAAGGCUGUUCAAGAGAUCCGCCUGCCUCAUGAAAAAGACAGCGACGGGAUUUGCAGCCUGACGUACCACCCGCGUAGCGGCAUUGUUGCCAUUGGGCAUCCGACCCGCAACAGCAUCUACUUCAUCCACCUUAGCGCGCCCAAGUACACCAUCGCUGCCAUGGAGCAGGCGAAAUACGUCAGUCUGCUGGCACGGGAGGACUCCACCGUCUUGCGACCGGAUAGCACAGCCAUUAUGAGUGGACUGCGCGAAUUCUCCUUCGCCAAGAUCGGUCAGGUUCGGUCGCUCGACAUGCUGGCCCAUCCUAUCGAGAACGCCGCAGGUGAGAAGGAUGAUGAGGACGCAACGCUGUUCGAGCUGUACAUCUACCACUCCAAGGGCGUGGUGGGCAUGUCCGUGAAGAAGCAGGACCUUGGGUGGGACAAAGACAGCAAGAUGGUCAGGCCAAUGGAUGCAGUCAAGGAGAAGAGGGUCGAGGUGAAGGAACUGGUACUGCCGCCAGCGAAGCCGCAAGCUCCGAGUGAAAUCUCUAGCACUGCGGAAGGCACGCCGAGCAAGACUUUGGCCAGGGCUAAGAAGCAGGAAAGCGGAAAGGUUUCGACGCCCAGCUCGACUACCAAAGUGGAAGUGGCUCGGAGGGAGCCGGCGCCUUCGCCUGCUCCCGUCACUAAUGGAUCUUCUGCGAAAGCACCCGUGGCAUCGAAGCCGGUGCUUGAUGCGCCGGUGCUGUCACCAACCCGAGCCGUCGUACCACCUCCAGCCAGUCCCAACUCAUACGCAUUGGCUGCCCAGCGUGCCAAAUCUCCUACGCAAGCUGCUCAGACCGCCGUCAAGGCUGCGAACACAUCUACGGCCGCAACGACUACGGUGGCACCUCCAUCUACGAAUGACGCUGAUCUGCGCAUCUCGCUCGACAAGCAGUUUGACUCUCUGUACCAGCGUUUGGAAGGCGACCGUCGAGUUCAAGAUGCGGCCGGCGCGGCUAAGCAGGAUGCCGUACUUCGCUUGGUGUCGAGCACGCUCACCGAAAAUGUGGAGAAGAGCCUCACCCGUAUCGUCAAUCAGAGCAUGAUCAAGGAGAUUGUCCCGAGCAUCACCGACAGCGUUCACAAGACCGUCGAGAAGAAGCUCGCCGAGACCUUGCCAAAGGAGCUGAACUCACAUCUGUCCAAGGAGGUCAAGGCGGCCUUGCCGCAUGCGAUUCAGCAAUCUUUGAAAGACCCGCAUGUGCACAACGCCAUCUCCACCCAGGUGGCACAGAAAGUGCAGCAACAGGUGUCGCAAUUCCUCCAGCAAUCGCUUCCGAACCUAGCGACCCAAGCAGCGCAGAAGAUGGUCUCUGAUCUCGACGCUCAGACUCAGCAGAAGCUGCAACAAGCGGAGGCUCGUCGUCAGCAAGACAACGCCAAGAUCCAAGAGCUGUCGAAUCUCGUUCAAGGCCUGGCGCGUAUGGUGCAAAACAUGUCCGAGAGCCAGGCCGCGUUCCAAGAGCAGAUUCUGAAGAUGCAGCGCCCGGGUAGCAGGGAGGGCACGAUUACACAGACUCAGCACCAGCAGCAGUCAAGCGCUCCAUCGACAUCCUCGGUGCCAGAGCCGCAGCCGCAGCCGCAGCCGCAGAAGACGGUCGAAGAGAAGGAGGUGGACGAUAUUACGAACUUACUCAUGACUGGGCAAUACGACGACGCAACCGUUGCAUGGCUCCAAUCCCCCCGCCAAGCCGCGCUCUUCGACUCCAUCUUCGUCCGCGUAAACCCACGCUACCUCGAAAAGGUAGCCCCACUCAUCGCCCUCUCCGUCUCCGCCGCCGUGACCACCUCCUUCGACUCCCACGUCCACCAGCGCCUCGAUUGGCUCGCGGCCACGCUGGACGUGGUGGAAAUCGAAGAUGCGGAUAUCAAGGAGCUCGCGCCGAAGCUGAUGGAUGUACUCAGCCAGAGGCUGCAGGGCGCGUAUAUGAAUUUGUCGGAGACGGGCGGGGGCGAUGGGCCGGGGAUUUUGAAGAGGAUUGCCGAGUUGAAUCGGCGGGUUGUGGAGAUUGGGAGGGUUGCGGGGUGA